AUGUCACAACAUCAAGAUACAUCUGCUUCUAAAAAUACCAAGUCUACUCCAAGGGUUAGUGCUCCUCCCGUGGGCGUCCCUGAUGAUGAGAUUCUGGAUGUUGCUCCUCUCUCUGUUAUUCCCGGCGUGGACAUUGAUUUGAACCAACCCAUAUCAAUUGAUGCCUCCGCUUCUGCAUGUUCCAAUCAAGGUAAUCCCUAUAGUAUUCCUUCUGGUUCAACUCCUGCCAUUAACUCUAAGGAAGGAACACACUACACUGAUCGUGUUAUAAGAGACCUAGUCACUAGAAUUCUUAAUGAAGGCCACUCUGUGAAGGGAGUUUCUACUCCCCUUUCUCAAAUGUACCCCUCUCCUGAGGUUGAACAACAUAGUGGUAAGGAUGACGGUUCUUCCAGUUCUGAAAGGGACUUGGUUGCUGAAGGGUUGCGCUCUAUUGGGAAGACCAUGUCUGAAAAAGGGAAAUAUGUGGCUUCUCACACUGCUAAUGCUUCCCACUCUGAGAAGCAUGAUGAUGCAAAUGUUGUGAUUCAUCUAGAGGAUGUUAGCUCUGAUGAUCAAGAGGAAAUCUUGAUUCAUCACAUGAAGCCAAGUGUGGCUAAACGCAUGAAGAGUCGCAAAGGAAAAUUUGUGGCUGAACUUAUGUCAGCUAGAAAAGCCAAGAAGACUGCUGGUAUUGGUCCCUCCAAACCAAGGAGCAAGGUUGAAUUAAAUAAGAGGAAGGUCAGAGAUGAUUCUGAGCCUGAAGAGGAUGUUGAGGAAGAUGUCCCUGACAUCUCGACUGCAAAGAAAACUACUGUUAGGAAGUCCCCGGUUAAAGUUCCUACUAUUCACUUGGAUAACAUCUCCUGCCAUCUUGAGGAUGGAGCUACUAAGUGGAAGUUUGUGAUUCAGAGAAGGGUAGCUAUGGAAAGGGAGUUGGGAAAAGAUGUUGCUGAUGUCAAGGAGGUCAUGGACCUGAUAAAAGUUGUUGGGCUGGUGAAGACUGUUGCUGGGUUCUCUCAAUGUUAUGAAGGUUCAGUUAAGGAAUUUAUUGUUAACAUUCCUGAGGAUAUUUCUGAUAAGAACAACAAGGAGUUCUGCAAGGUGUAUGUGAGGGGUAAGUGUAUAACAUACUUUCCUAUUGUUAUUAAUAAUUUUCUAGGCAGAAAAAAUGAGGGUACGGGGGAAUUAGAAGUUACAGACAAUCAGGUUUGUAAGGAGAUUAUAGCUAGACAGGUGAAAGUUUGGCCUGUUAAAAAGCAUCUUCCUACUGGGAAGUUGACUGUCAAGUAUGCUAUAAAUUUUCCAAAGGGGGAGUUUGUUGGUUCUAUGGAUCGGCAUCAACUUUGGUAA